GAGAGGAGAGAGGAGAGACAGCUGCCGCCGGGAGACGAGCGCCUGCCUAUAAAUACAUGCCAUGGAGCGAGGAAGCAGUGGGUGGAUUAUCCUCCUCGCUCAAUGAGAUAAAUGGUUCUCAAGCUUAAACACAGAACAAUUUUAGUCUGAAUAGUAGGAGAAACGGUUCAGGACACGCAGAUGACGGUGCAAGCUGCCUGCAGCGGGCAGUGGGGACCGGUGGCACCUGGCGGUGGCUUUGCUGCCCAUUGGGUGUCACCCCUGGGCUCGUGUCCUGGUGGUGGCUGCUCGGGACACGGCGGUAUGCCGGCGUUCCCCGCAUGGGGCAGAGCUUCCCCAGCAGCUCCCCAAAAUUCAGGUGGGGACGGGUGUCCCGCGGUCCUCGUGACUGCGCAGAGCCAGAUGGAAGCGUCCUCGUCCCUGUCCUGCUGCUGCCUUUGCUGUUUACAUAGGAACCAGCAUGUUUUCAAAGCAUUUCAAUUUUUAAUGAAAACUUCUGUGUUUCCUUUUUUUUUUUUUUUUCCUGGGCGUGUUGGUGUUUCGGCCGCCGCCGCUGCUGGAUUUUCUCGGGGAUGGCAGUGGCUCCGUGCUCCCAUCCAACCUGCUGGCACUUCGGGGAGGACAGCGGCCGAGCUGGGGGUGUUGCAAGCAGCAGCCCCAUCCCCAGGGACUCCCUUCUCGGGACACGUCCCUCCUUGGGGACACCCAUUUCUGAGGGCCACGUCUCUGUGGCAGGUCAGGAGGGAGCUUUCUGCAGCACGGCCUCAAAAACCCAUCAGGCAGGAGAGGACCAAAGGCCCAGAUUAAGGAAAAGCAAGCAGUCCUUGACUUGGAGAGCUGCUCAGCAGUAGCAGUCCUUCAUCUCAUAUCCCACAGGCAUUUUUUUUUAAUAAAAAAACCAACUUUGCCGACUUGAAUAAUUGUAUUUCAACACAGGUUAAUUAACAGACAUUGACAAGCUGGACUGUAAAUUCAAGUGCAGCCAUCAUUCUUCUUGUAGGGUAUUGCGAGCUGUUUUUAGUCCUGCUGCAUCCAUUUAGCUCCUGCACUAACCCACCUCCACCUCCAGCAACCAGACACUGAGAUGGUGCUCCUCUUCCACAAGGCCAAUAAAGCACUAUGGAGAUGAGCUGCUUUGGAGAUCUUAUGAGUCAAGCCGUUACAUUUUUGGAACAUCAUGAUGUUUAAGUUCCUUUUCUAUUUUUUGCCCAACUUCCCAGGAAAGAAAAAAAAAAGAAAAACUGGAAUGAGAGGCAGCACGGCCGUAGUUUAAAGAAACAAAGGCGAGUUUGGAGAUCGGGUUCAGCCUCAGCAGACAAGCAGGUCCCCGUGCAUCGGGCAGGGCAGGGCCAGGACCGUCCCCGUGCAUCUCCGCUCCCCUCUCCUCCCAGCACAGCCAUGAGUGCCGGGUCGAUUGAGCAGGAGCCGUCGCGCAAGCUGGCCUGCUGCGGGGUGCCGCUCAUCACCGAAGACAUGCAGUCCCUGGCCAUCCGCACCCUCUCGGGCACCGACAUCAACAAGCACUACGACCUCAUCCGUGAGCUCGGCAAGGGCACCUACGGCAAGGUGGACCUGGUGUCCCACAAAAGCACAGGCACCAAGAUGGCCCUGAAGUUUGUCAACAAGAGCAAGACGAAGCUGAAAAACUUCCUGCGGGAGUUCAGCAUCACCAACACGCUCUCCUCCAGCCCCUUCAUCAUCAAGGUCUUUGACGUGGUCUUCGAGACUGAGGACUGCUACGUCUUUGCUCAGGAGUACGCCCCGGGCGGGGACCUCUUCGACAUCAUCCCCCCGCAGGUGGGGCUCCCCGAGGACAUGGUGAAGCGCUGCGUGCAGCAGCUGGGCCUGGCGCUGGACUACAUGCACAGCAAGAGCCUGGUGCACCGGGACAUCAAGCCGGAGAACGUGCUGCUCUUCGACCGCGACUGCCGCCGCGUCAAACUGGCCGAUUUCGGCAUGACCCGCAAGGUGGGCUGCCGGGUCAAACGCAUCAGCGGCACCAUCCCCUACACGGCGCCCGAGGUGUGCCAAGCCGGCCGGGCCGAGGGCUUUGCCGUGGACACCAGCAUCGACGUCUGGGCCUUCGGGGUGCUCAUCUUCUGCGUCCUCACCGGCAACUUCCCCUGGGAGGCGGCGGCCGCCUCCGACACCUUCUUCGAGGAGUUUGUGCGGUGGCAGAAGGGGCGGCUGGCGGGGCUGCCCUCACAGUGGCGGCGCUUCACGGACAGCGCGCUGCGCAUGUUCCAGCGCCUGCUGGCCCUCGACCCGGAGAAGCGCUGCCCCGUCAAGGAGGUCUUCUACUUCAUCAAGUACGACCUGAUGGCCGAGGUGCGCCGCCGGCCCUCCUACCGCUCCCGCAAGCACGCCGGGGACAAGCUGCCGGCCGGGGCGCACCGCCACGAGGCGGCCGGCUCCUGCACGCCCGCGCCGCUCAAGAGGACCAUCCUGACCGACGGCAGCGGGCCCCGGCUCGCCGGCCCCGAGCCGAGCGCGGCCUCGCCCGGGCCGGCCAGCAGGACAGACGGCCGGCAGGACAAAGGCAAAGGGCAGAUGGUCCUGGCCACAGCAAUAGAGAUCUGCGUCUGAGGGCGCCGGGGCGGCGCGCGGCUCCUUUCCCAGGGGCUCCAGCCCGGGGACGGGAUGGGCAAGGGGCUGCUGGUGGUGGCGGCAGCAGGACCGGGAGCCGUUCCUCCCGAAGCAAAAAAAAAACAACAAACACAAAAACGAAACCAACAACAGAAAGAAAAAAACAAGA